CUGAGCGCGCACACAUACACAGAGCCCUUCAUACAGUCUCUGGGGCCCACGCGCGCACUGACGCGCACAGACACGUUGGCUCGCUCUGUCGGAACAUAGAAGAUAGGAGAGGAAAGGGAAGCGGAGAGCUCCCAUUUAUUUGCCCCCAACUUCCCUCUUUGCGUCUACUUGUGUCUUUCUGAUUCUUCUUAUCCACCAAUGCAAGGAUUUUAUUACUCUUAUUACUGCCACUGCUGUCCCGAACUAAGGGAAACAACUUUAAGGACCAGACGGGAGUAUGUAAAAUAAUUCUUACUGCUGAACAAAACAAGAAGAAAAAGAAGGAAGAAAUGGAUAAACGGAGUAAUUCUGGCGUUUGGCUGGCAGCUUUCUUCUACUUUGUACUUUGGGGACACACUGAUGGACAAUUCUUUCCAGGUGGCUGUACAUUUGAGGAGUCAUAUAGCAGCUGUGGAUACAGUGUUUCUCUGGGAACCAAUGGUUUUACCUGGGAACAAGUCAACUCCUGGGAAAAGCCCACCAUGGAUCCUGCCCUACCUACUGGUUCGUUCAUGGUGGUGAACGCUUCAGGCCGGGCAUCAGGUCAGAAGGCUCACUUGUACAUGCCCACCCUGAAGGAGAAUGACACCCACUGCAUCGACUUUCUUUACUCUCUAUCCAGCCGGGAUGGAGCCAGCCCAGGCACACUCAAUGUCUAUGUCAAGGUGAAUGGAGGUGCUCAGGGUAACCCAGUGUGGAAUGCCUCUGAUACUGUCACUGAAGGUUGGGUGAAAGCUGAAUUGGCUAUUUCUACAUUCUGGCCCAACUCCUAUCAGGUAAUAUUUGAAGCCGUUUCAGUCCAAGGCCACCCAGGUUUCAUCGCCAUUGAUGACAUACGAGUUCUGGCUCACCCAUGCCGUAAAGCCCCACACUUUCUACGCCUGCAGAAUGUGGAGGUAAAUGUGGGUCAGAAUGCUACUUUUCAGUGUACUGCUGGAGGGAAGUGGUCUCAGCAUGAUAAACUCUGGCUGCAGCAAUGGAAUGGUAAAGACACAGCCCUGAUGGUGACCAGGGUGGUGAACCACAGACGUUUUUCUGCGACCGUUAGCGUUGGCGACACAUCUCAGCGCAGCACAAGCCGCUACCGGUGUGUCAUCCGAUCAGACGGUGGAUCUGGGGUGUCCAACUACGCUGACCUCAUUGUUAAAGCUCCACCCACUCCCAUUGCACCUCCUGAGCUUCUUUCUGUUGGUGCUACUUACCUUUGGAUCAAACCCAAUGCCAACAGCAUCAUUGGUGAUGGGCCAAUAAUCCUGAAGGAAGUGGAGUACCGGACCACUUCAGGGAACUGGGUAGAGACCCAUGUGGUUGACUCCCCUACAUAUAAACUGUGGCAUCUGGACCCAGAUGUAGAAUAUGAGAUCAAGGUCCUGCUUUCCAGACCUGGAGAGGGAGGAACAGGACCCCCAGGUCCACCACUGGUAACCAGGACCAAAUGUGCGGAUCCAGUUCACGGUCCUCAAAAUGUCAAUGUGGUGGAUGUCAGAGCCCGCCAGCUGACAGUACAAUGGGAGACUUUUGGGUAUGCUGUGACACGCUGCCACAGCUACAAUCUGACGGUGCAGUACCAGUACGUGUUCAACCAGCAGGAGUUUGUAGCUGAAGAAUUAAUCCAAACAUCAUCACAUUACACUUUGAGGGGACUGAGGCCAUUUGUGACCGUUAGGCUGCGGCUUGUCCUGGCCAACCCUGAGGGCAGCAAGGAGAGUGAAGAGAUAGUCAAACAGACGGAGGAGGAUGUUCCUGGAUCAGUGCCUAUGGAAUCUCUGCAGAAUACGCCAUAUGAAGAAAAGAUCUUCAUGCAGUGGAAAGCUCCCAACGAGACCAAUGGAAUCAUCAAAUUGUAUGAGAUUACCUAUAAGGCACUGAGCUCCUUGGACCCCAGUGCUGAUCUGACAACCCAGCGGGGACAAGUUUUCAAGCAGAGGAAUGAGACCCACCAUCUGUUUGUUGGGCUGUACCCAGGAACCACCUACUUCUUCACCCUUAAAGCAUCUACCAACAAGGGCUUUGGUCCGCCUGUCACUACCCGCAUAACCACCAAGAUUGCAGCCCCCAUGAUGCCAGAGUAUGAGUCAGAGUCUCCACUUAAUGAGACCGAGACAACCAUCACUAUCCUGCUGAAACCUGCCCAGUCCCGCGGAGCACCUAUCAGCUCCUACCAGCUUGUUGUGAAGGAGGUGCGCAAGUCCAAGACCCGCCGUGCCGCUUCUGAAGCCCCCGAGUGUUUUUCUGUCCCAGUGAGCUUCCGCAAUGCCUCCAUCUUGGACUCACCCUAUUACAUUGCUGCUGAAUUACCACCGUCCAGCCUCACGGUGGUACAGCCCUUCACUGUGGGGGACAACAAGAGCUAUGGUGGUUUCUGGAACCCUCCGCUGUCACCUGCCAAGAGCUACAGCAUCUACUACCAGGCAAUGAGCAGAGCCAAUGGGGAAACCAAAAUCAACUGUGUCCGCUUGGCUAACAAAGUGGUAAUAGGUAGGGGACAAAUAACAACGCCGUACAUUCUAGUCAUCCCAAGCGAAGGUGCAUCAACGCAGGACUCUGAUGCUAUGGAGCCAGAGAAACAGGUGGACAGCACAGUUAAAAUGGCUGGCGUGAUUGCUGGGAUUCUUAUGUUCAUCAUCAUCCUUCUUGGAGUUGUUCUCACCUUCAAACGCAGAGAGAUUCACACAUGGAGAACUCUGAGCGUGGGAAAGUUGGCAAAAAAGCAGAAGGAAACUGCUAGCAGCUCCACUCAGCAGAGGGAGAUGGGUCCAGUCACCACAGCUGAUAAGAGCACCACUAAAGUCAGCACCUUACACAAAGAUGACCCCUUUUCCACCUCCAACCAGGACCUCAAUGGGUUCACUUCUCCUUCUCCCUGCUCCUUCUCAGUGCAAGGAAGCAAGAUGCUGCAGAGCAAAUCCCUGCUGAAUUCCUACUACUCAGUGUCCAAAGAGCCAGUUCCAGCCACAACUUCUAUAGAUAGUAGCCAGCCUUCCCUUUCCCAGCCCUCUUUGACCCUGCAGAGUUUUCCCUAUGGAGGAUGCGAGUCGGUGGAGAUCUCCUACCAGAGUGGUCAGUUCCAAGCAGGCCAGUUUCAACCAGCUAUUCGAGUAGCAGACCUCCUCCAACACAUCACCCAGAUGAAAUGUGGCCAAGGCUAUGGUUUUAAGGAGGAAUAUGAGGCCCUGGCAGAGGGACAGACAGCACCCUGGGAAACAGCCAAGAAGGAUGAGAACCGCAACAAGAAUCGCUAUGGCAACAUCAUCGCUUAUCCCACAGACGAUCACACCAGAGUCCGACUGCAGUUGCUGGAUGGAGACCCCCACUCUGACUACAUCAAUGCCAAUUAUAUUGACGGGUACCAUAGACCCAGACAUUACAUCGCCACACAAGGGCCCAUGCAAGAGACGGUGAGGGAUUUCUGGAGAAUGGUGUGGCAGGAGAAUUCGGCCUCUAUCGUCAUGGUUACAAACCUUGUGGAAGUGGGAAGGGUGAAGUGUGUUCGUUACUGGCCUGAUGAGACAGAGGUGUACGGAGACAUCAAGGUGACCCUCAUAGAGACUGAACCACUGGCGGAAUAUGUCAUACGGACGUUCACUGUUCAAAAGAAGGGCCAUCAUGAGAUCCGUGAACUCCGUCAGUUUCAUUUCACCAGCUGGCCCGACCACGGCGUUCCGUGUUACGCCACAGGACUGCUUGGCUUCAUACGACAGGUCAAGUUCCUCAACCCUCCAGAUGCCGGACCCAUAGUGGUACACUGCAGUGCCGGUGCAGGGAGAACAGGCUGUUUCAUUGCAGUGGACAUCAUGUUAGACAUGGCGGAGAAUGAAGGCGUGGUGGACAUUUUCAACUGCAUCCGAGAACUAAGGUCACAACGAGUCAACAUGGUUCAGACAGAGGAGCAGUAUGUGUUUGUUCACGAUGCCAUCUUGGAAGCAUGUCUGUGUGGAAACACAGCCAUACCAGUGUGUGAGUUCAGAGCCAUUUACUACAACAUCAGCAGGUUGGACCCACAGACCAACUCCAGCCAGAUCAAAGAUGAGUUCCAGACUCUAAACAUAGUGACCCCUAGAGUUCGUCCAGAGGACUGCAGUGUGGGUUUGCUACCCAGAAACCACGACAAGAACCGCAGUAUGGAUGUUCUACCAGCAGACCGAUGCCUUCCUUUUCUGAUUUCUGUGGAUGGAGAGAGCUCCAAUUACAUUAAUGCUGCAUUAAUGGAUAGCCACAAACAGCCAGCGGCCUUCAUAGUUACUCAGCAUCCUUUGCCCAACACCAUGGGUGACUUCUGGAGGUUGGUGUUUGACUACAACUGCUCCUCCAUUGUAAUGCUCAAUGAAAUGGAUGCAGCACAGUUAUGUAUGCAGUACUGGCCAGAAAAAAAUUCAUGUUGCUACGGCCCUAUUCAAGUGGAGUUCAUAUCUGCAGACAUCGACGAGGAUAUCAUCAACCGAAUCUUCAGGAUCUGCAACAUGGCUAGGCCACAAGAUGGUUACCGCCUGGUGCAGCACUUCCAGUUUAUUGGCUGGCCAGCCUACAGGGACACACCUCUCUCCAAGCGCUCCAUCCUGCAGUUGGUCAGGAGAUUGGCUAAGUGGCAGGAACAAUAUGACGGAGGAGACGGGAGGACUGUGGUACACUGCCUAACUGGUGGUGGACGUUCUGGAACUUUCUGUGCCAUCUGCAGCAUCAAUGAGAUGAUCCAGCAGCAGAAUAUUGUAGAUGUUUUCCACACUGUUAAAACCCUGAGGAACAACAAGACCAACAUGGUGGAGACUAUGGAACAGUAUAAAUUCUGCUAUGAAGUGGCUCUGGAAGCGCUCAACUCCUUCUGAUUGGGUGUGGGCUAAACAUCUCUAUUCCCAAUCGGCCAUUUGUCGAUGCCUGCCAUUCUCAACGCAACACUGGGAAACACGGAGGGCAAUACUGCUUUGUGUUGACCUGAAUCCGACUGACUGAGCGUGCCUGUGUGUGUGGGUGUGUGCACGCACGUGUGUGUGCUUGUAUUUGAGUGCAUAUGCACGUGGCUGUGUGUGAAGAGAGGGCAUGCUUGCAUAUUUGAGGAAGUCUUUAUCUAUAUGCGUGCCUGCAACAACACACACAACAAACCUGUACAGAAGAGGGAAAAGGCAACAAACAUGCACACUGGUGAUUUUAAUGUCUGUUUGCUUCAGCAAGACUGGGGACUUUAUAUGCUUGUACAAAGAAAAAAAAAUAUGGUAAACAAAAGACAAAUGUUUAAAAGACGCACCACUUUUACUCCUCUAUUUCUCUGUCCUCUCUGCUGGGCUGUGAUGUGACUAUUGUACAGUAUUUCCUUUUUAGAUAUAUUCUACGCCUUGAAUGUUGUCUCCCUCUGAAGGCUGGAUGCCCACUGGAAGAUUUUUUUUGGUAACUCUCAAAGGGAACGGAAAUGUACGUUUUUUUUGACCAUGACUCACUCAGCUUAGUUAACUCUUUUUUUUUCUUCAAAUUACAUGCUGAUUCCCUUUUGCCAAGUUAAAAGUUCGUUUGAAUUAUACUCGUAAUUCUGUAAUUGGCCUGAAAAGAAAAUAUGUUAGCAUGGUUGUAUCUUUUUUAUAGUUUUAUUUUCACGGAGUUCAAAUGUCAGAAAAACACAAGAACAAAAAAAUAUAUAUAACCUACAAUAAGUGGAGUCAGGGACACUGUGAAAAAAAAUAACAGUAGAAAAAAAGGAAAAAAAGAAACCUGCCUUAGAUUUAAGGCCAAGUCAUGUCUCUGUUCUAGCUUUUUUUCACUGGGACAGUGGUGGUUUCAUAAAUGCUUUUGGAAGGCUUAAAAAAGACAAAAUUAAAAUCUUAUUGUGUGCAUCCACCCUUGCUGUAAAUAGGAUAAGACAACCACAAUCAAACAAACAAACAAACAGGAAAACAUCAGCAACUGGUACGUUACAAAUUAAUGUGAUUUCAAAACACUAUAACUCUAAAAAGUUAAUGUCACUGUGUUGCCAUAUCACAGACCGUCUCCACAGAAAUGUCAAAAAAGCCGACAUAUUGUUCGCAUAUUGCACAUUUAGCUAAUGCCGCCGCAUUCAGAAUAACUUUUAUAAAAUUUGACUUUUUUAUUAUUUAUUUAUUGUGACACUUUUGGUACAGAAUAUGAAACAACCAGAUAAUACUUUGUCUCUAAUAUGAUAACAGCACUACUAUAAUUUAUUGAAAAUGAGUCCCCAAAUUCCCCAUAAAGAAGUCAAAAAUGUCCCCCCUCUAAAAACUACAUAAACUAUAACUUGCACUUUUGCAUGUUUGUCCAUUUUGGAACAUUUAGACUUGGAAUUCCUGACAUUGAACAGCCUGGGGUAAAUUCAAAACUGAAAUCAGUGUUUGGUCAUUUUAUAGCAAUUUGCUUAAAUGUGAAAUUGUUCAAUAACUGAGUGUAGCUUACAGACGAAUUAAUCUACUUUAGUGUUGAUGACUUGAUUUUAACCUGGUCUACAGUGUUGUGAGUAGUCAUUGAUAUUGGGCCACUAUUUGGGUCUAAAAAAUAAUCAUUCAAAUGAUAAGAAAUGAGUUAAACCUGCUGAGAUUAAGAAAGGAUUUAAGAAUCCUUGAUACUUAGAGCAGACUGGUAAAGAGUUCAGUAAUUCUAUGUAUAAUUCUACCUAUAAUAAAUAUCCAAGCUAAGGGAUUGGGCCCAUGUUUCCCCUAUAACCUAUGAUUUAAAAAGAACAUCACAAAACAAAGAGACAGGCCACAUUUACAUUUCUUUUAUAAUUAACGAAUGCUUUACGUCAAGCCCGCUGAAAUAUACAGAUAUUAAAAAUACAUUUGAGAAAAUCACUAACAGGAAAUGAUUUCAGUUAGUGUUUGACCCCAGGUUGAAAGGCAGUUAACAUGGCUAAUAGUUUAGAUGCCUCUGCACCUUAAAGAACGUGUGGGAGUGUGGGAAAUAAUGAGAAUUAUGCAUGGCAUUGACCUCAGCUUCUCAUUAUCUCCUACUCAUCUGGUCAGACUCUUCUAUGCUAUCCCAUUUUCCCCUUAUCCCAAAAGGCUAAACCAGAAUCUCAUGUUAUAGAUACACCACCUGUAUUUAUAUGAACAGCCUCUGACAUGUGUUGAAUCUAAAGGUGAUACUAUUUUCAGAUCUGUUUUACCUCUCUCUAAAACACUGUCAUUCUAAUAAAAAGGACCAGACUGAUGGCUUAAUUUUCAAACACUCAAAAAAUCAGACUACUGAAGUGAAUUAUCUUAAAUCCCAAUGCAUUAAAAAUACAUAAUUGUCACCAAUUACCUGAUUUACUUUUUUCCCAUGCGAGAAAGUACGAACAUUUUUAGAUGCAUUAGAUUUUUUAGAAUGAUUUCAUAUAAAGUUCAGCUUCUGAUGAACUUUUCUUUUGUUAGGAAACAUUUCAGUGCUUAUGGCAAGAGCUGACAUACUUGUAGUUAAAUGUUGUAGCAAACUAUUCAAUCUGUGCUUGCGUUGAUUUAUUUUUAUUCUUAUUUUUCGCUGGAGUCCAGUCAGGCUCGUUAAUGGACCUAUCAAAAUAGUGAGAGUGCUGUAUUGAAGACAAUGUGAAUGCUGGAUAUCUUGAUCCUUUUGUUCACUGAUGCUUUAUUUUAUUGACUUGAAUCAUGGCCCUUCAUAUGUAUUAUAUAUUUUUUAACGUUCUUUUAGAUUAUUUUUGUCUUGAAUUUGUACAUUUCUUUUGUAUAAUUAUUAUUCUGAUGAUUAUUUGUCUAGCAAAGUGCUGUUUAGAUCUGGUGAUGCCAUUACCAUUGGUUGUUUAGUUGUUUGAAAUGUGGUUAACAUGAAAUAAAGG